CUCGGGUCAGCUGAUCGGCUUCAGGGGCAACCCGGGUGACCACGCUCACCUAUGGCAGAGGCUGAAGAUGAAGGAGAUCCUCAAAGGCAGCUACUGCCUCAGAACCGACAGCAGCAACCUCCCCCCAAUCCUCUGGCCCCCUUGGCCCCUCACCCCCUGCCCCCUGUGCCCCCUCUCUACCUCCCCAAGUCAAUGAGACGCUCGGCGGAGGCAGACAGAGACACACCUCUACACACUGCCUGUCUUACCGGCAGCUACGACCAGGCUCUGAUGUUGCUGCUACGAGGUAGCCUGCCCGACCCAACCAACGUAUGGAGAGAGACGCCACUCCAUCAUGCCACUUCUCGGGGACAUCUCCACAUCAUGAUGUUACUCCUGGACGGUUCGGCCCUCGUUAACGCCACCGACCACCAGGGGCUUACCCCUCUCCAUCAGGCAAUCGUCCACGGUAACAGAGAUGCCUGUGAGCUCCUGUUGUGCUACGGAGCCGGGAUUCACGGGGAGAAUGGGGUUAAACGGACCGAGGAUGGGGGCGUGGUUGGAGUGGAUACCACGAGGUCGCCACUGGAACUGGCCUCAUAUGUACACGUGUGUCACGAGGUGGUGAACACUGCUCUUGGUAGGGUGUGGUCGCUGCAACACUCGUGUAGAAUCACCAUCAGGAGAAGUCUCGGGGUCUCAAGAAGACGCAGAUUAAAGGAGCUUCCCCUUCCACCUCACCUGAUUGUGUUCCUCUCGUCGCUGCCCGUCGGCCGUAGCGACGAUCUCCACGACAACUGGGAGCGUCGACGCAGCACCAAGGCCGAGAGUGUGAGGAAGAGAGGGGAGGCGAGGAGGAGGGGAGGAGGAGGAGGAGGGGGAAGAGGGAGGGGGAUACACCACAUCAGAAACUCAUUUCCACACACAUAGCAUUUGUAUGAUCAACAGCCGCCCAUUAUUCUUCAUAAUACAGAUUAUAUUGUUGGCGAGUGAGGCGAACUUACCAAGUCUGAA